CAAUCCUCACCACAAACCAAAACCACACCACACACCACACAGCACCACACCAUGUCGUCCACUUCGACCAAUGGAAGCGCCUCCGCUGCAGGGACAACAACGGCAGCCGCCCGCCGCACCGUGAAGCAGCACCCAAACUCCCACCUCAACAACCCAAGCAGCCUGAACCUGCUGCAAAUCCACGAAGCCAGCCACAGGCAGUUUGUGCGCCUUCUCCAGGCCCUCCAGAACACCCGCAAGGAAGCCCCUGCUGCGCUCAUCUUCGAUGACUUUACAUAUGAGCUCAUUCUUCGCAUAGUGCCAGAGUGCCGACCGGUUCUGAUUUGA